AUGGAGGAAGUUAAGCAAAUUAAUGGACAGCUAUUGUACUGUGACACCGACUCCAUAUUCUAUGUCAAAAAAUGUGGGGGCAAUUUUGUCGGCGAAGGGGAAGCUUUGGGUCAAAUGAAGCGAGAACAUCUUGGAAGGAAAAUAAUUGAAUUUGUUUCUGGCGGUCCAAAAAAUUAUGGAUUUCGACAUGUUGAUGAGGCCACUGAGAGGGAUGAAAGGGCCGAACUAAAAAUAAGAUCUUUUCCACUUUCCUAUGCAACACACCAGCUGCUAAAUUUUCAAACAAUGAAAGAACUUGUUAUAUGUCAAUUCAAUAUUGAUGGGGAAAUUGAUGAUAUGGCUUCUGAAAAUUGUAUAUUGGAUUCUAACAACAUAAUUAGUGUAGAAUUUCCUCAAAUUGGACGAACAACACGUUCUGAUCUUUAUACAAUAAUGGCUAAGAAGGACUACAGAGUUUGUUUUGAAAAAGGAAGGAUUCGGCCAAAUAUGGAAACGCUACCAUUUGGGCACGGAAAUGUUUUGGAACAACAACAACAAGAGGAUCAAAUAAUUCAGCAACCACAUGUUCAAGUUCACCAACGACAACAACAAUACCAACAACAUCCCAUUUUGGAUUUACAAGCUAUUCCUGGUUCUUCGAAUUGGACUGAUGUGGAUUAUUUAAGACGAUAUAGAUAA